AUGGCGGAUGUGCCCGACUGGGUCCAGAGGUAUGCUGACUGCUCGUGGCGCCACGAGGGCAUGACGCUCCUGGAGUGGCUUCGGAAGACUACUGACGACGGCGCCAUCGCUGGAUGGCUGAAGCGCAAGCACAAGCAGGAGCUGGCGCUGGCCCUGUACAGGCGGUACCGCGCGACCGUGCCCGAGGGCGAGGAGCCCCAGGCGCUCGACGCUCACUGGCGCUUCCUGCGCGCUGAGCACAAAGGCAUGACCGAUGCUGAUGGCGGAGGUAGCGGGAACAGUGACGAAGACUCCGACGCCGAAGACGAGGAGCAGCCGAAGACCUUCGAGGAGUUCCUCGCGAAGAAGCACAGAGACGAAAAGAGCGAGGGCGAGGACGACUUUCCGAGCCUCAAGGAGUUCGCGCGAGCCUACAGCAUGCAGGGCGAGAAGGUGGUCAGCGUCGACACGGUGUACGAGCUCUUUGACCGCUACUACGGCCAGUGGGCUGCAAUGAACGUGCCGUUCCGAUCGCUCGGCGAGCUCGAGUUCGAGGAUGUGAAUCGCCUGGUUCCGCAGAAAUACAAGGAUCUCGCGGCGGCGCUGCGACUGUGCUCCGACCAGGGCCGCGUCGCUGAAGAGCACCAUGACUUGUUCACCGAUGGCAGGCGGCUCGUGGACUACAUGAGCGCUUCCGCGAAGUCCAGCAAGUUCACCGAGGCUGUGCAUCACUUGAUCGUGGGGCAGCGGAAGCUCAUCAACAUGUACCUGACGGGCAUCAUCGACAAGGCCGACGAGAAGGCCGCGGCCGACGCCGAGGCCGCGGUCAUCGCCAACCGCAGGCCAGCGCGCGGCGAGGGCCAGGAGGAGGUCGACUUCAACCCGAAGCAGCUGCAGCUGGAGGAGGCGAUCAACGAGCGCGUGGACCGUGCCGUGCGGGCGGAGCUGUCGGAGGACUGGGAGGAGGCGGACGAGGCGCGCGAGGAAGCAUACAAGAAGAACACGCCCGUCAUCUGCCUUGGGAAGCCUGGGACGGGGAAAACGACCGUGGUGAAGUCUUGCAUUCGCCGCGCCCAGGAGCAAGGCGCGCGCGUGCUCUUCGCCCUCCCGACGGCGCAGCUGUCCAGCCGCAUGAAGCAAGCACUGCAAGGCCUGGACGGCCUAACAAACGAUACGUGCCACGCCGCAUUCAAGUUGCAUGAGCCCAUCUCGGAGAGUCUUCACAGGAUGACGGACUUCGACUUGGUAGUGGUGGACGAGGUAUCGCUGCUGAGCUGCGACAGUUUCGAGCGCAUCCUGAAGCUGUGGAGCGUCGCUGGGAAAGUCCCCGCGCUGGUCUUCCUCGGAGACAAGUACCAGCUCCCGGGGUUCGAGCCGACACGUCCGUGGGAGAGUGCCGCAUGGAAGCAGCCGCGCUGCUUCCACGUGAAGCUCACCGAGACCUGGCGGUGCAAGGAGGAGCGCUUCCAGGAGAUCCUGGACGAGCUUCGGACAGACAAGCCUUCGAAGGAGACGUUCCGCAAGAUUGUGCGCGAUCACAAGAAGCACCCAGACACGCGGAUCGUCACCUGCACGCGCAGGGGCGCCGCGGCCGUGAACGAGGCGGCAGUCGCUGCGCUGUACGGCCGCAAGACCCCGCUGGCCUCGCUGGACGGGGACGUGGAACUGAACCCCGAGAACUACCUGGAUGGCAAGCUCCGCACGGACCGCAGGCUGGUUCCAAGCAAAGUGCCGAUCUAUAAGGGGAUGAAGUUGUACCUGACGAAGAACAAGAACAAGGAAGCUGACGAGGACAACGGCAUGCUGUGCGAGGUGGAGAACUACCACGCCGAGGAAGACAUGCUGCGCGUGAUGACGAAGACUGGCCAUCGUCUGGCCAUCACUCGCUGGACAGAUCGCGAGAAGGGCAACGCGGUCUACUUUCCAAUCCGCCUCGGGUACGCCAGCACCAUCGACAAAGUGCAAGGCGACGAGUUCCCCCACAUCACUAUAUACCUGGACGGAUGGCCUCGGCCAGCAGCGGGGUAUACAGCGCUCAGCCGUGUCGCGACGUCGGACGACUACCUGAUUGGCGGCUACGUGGAGCGCGACAACUUCAUACCAGCGUUCUGA